AUGUAACUUACAUGCAGUCACACACCCCUUUUUUCUUGUAACAAUGUGUACGUUUUUAAGGAGGGAGGGGGCGCUCAGAGGGAGAAAGAGAGACGGAGAGAGACUGAGAAAGGAGGAGGGGGGUGCGUUCUGAAAUAAUAUAGUCAGCCAUUUUUUAUGUAAGGGGAUUUUUUCUUAUUGGGGGGGUUGUUAAAAAAUAAAUAUAAGAGGGCGGCCAUCUUUGUUGCUCUGCCUAGUGUAAAAUAUUCCAAAACGCCCCCCACUUUUUUCUGUGCCGAUUUGAAUAUUAAAUAAAUAUCAUAUAUUCGGAGCAAGAAUACGCUUUUUUGAAUACAAGGACGGAUCCAAUGACAGGAGUAUAAUGUCCUCUCCUCUCCGGUCCUGUGAGGAAGACGAGGGCAUGGUGGUUAAUUCCGAGGGAGGAGAUUUUGAUGAAGAAGACGACGACGGAGACCUAGACGAGAACGUAAGCGACAUAAACUCGCCGGCGGCUCCUCGGGAAACUGCAACACCAGCCCCGCCAGACGAAGAGGCGGAAAUAUCCGACAGGGAAGUCCCGUGCAGGAAGAAAGGACGGCCGAAGAAAAAGAAGGACGCCAAGAAGAAAGACAAAGAGGGGAAACCCGUCAAAGCAAAGAAGCGCAAGAAGAUUGACAGUGAUGUAGAGAGAGACUCGGACAGAGAAAGAGACUACGGUGAGAACUCAGACAGCGUCGCCAGCGACUAUGGGUCUGGUGAGAAAAAGAAAAAGAGGAAACAUAAAGAAAGGAAGGAGAAGAAAACCAAGAAGAAGAAAAAAGACGAUGGGGAUCGAGACAGCAGUCAGGAGGAAACGACGAAGCAACCUAUAGAGCAGAAGACCUCAUCCCAGCUGGCAAAGGAGUGGGGUCUGGAGGAUGUUGAUCAUACCUUCACUGAGGAAGACUACAGGGAACUCACCAACUACAAAGCCUUCAGCCAGUUCAUGAGGCCCAUGAUAGCCAAGAAGAACCCUAAGAUCCCCAUGUCAAAGAUGAUGACCAUCCUGGGGGCUAAAUGGAGGGAGUUCAGCUCUAACAACCCCUUCAAGGGCAACGCUGCCGCCGUCGCUGCGGCCGCUGCAGCCGCCGCCAUUGCUGUCGCCGAGCAGGUCUCUGCAGCAACCGCCUCGCCUGAGCCGCCACCGCAACCGCCACCAAUCCGGAAGGCCAAGACUAAAGAGGGCAAAGGCCCAGGCUACAAGAAGCGCAGUAAAAGUCCUCGAGUCCCAGACAAGAAAAAGGCUUCGGCUGUAGCCAAGGCUAAAAAGAUGGCACCCAUUCGUAUCAAACUAUCACCCAUCGGUGCCAAGAGGAAGAAGAGCUGCUCAAGCGAGGACAUGGACGAGGAUGAGUCUGAGCAGGAGGACUCCAGCGUCCACAGCUCCUCGGUUCGAUCUGACAGCUCCGGCCGUGUGAAAAAGAACAAGCGAGGACGGCCGGCCAAGAAGAAGAAGAAAAUCCCAGGUGGUGAAGAGGAAGGUGACGGCUAUGAGACUGACCAUCAGGACUACUGCGAGGUGUGUCAGCAGGGUGGCGAGAUCAUCCUGUGUGACACUUGUCCCCGAGCUUACCACCUCGUCUGCCUUGAGCCUGAGCUCGACAAGGCCCCCGAGGGCAAGUGGAGCUGCCCACACUGCGAAAAGGAGGGAAUCCAGUGGGAAGCAAAAGACGAGGACUUUGAGGAUUUCGAGGAGGACAGCGAGGACAGAGUCAUUUCAGAGGUCGGGGUGGGGAUCCCCGUCGGUGCGGAGGAGGAGGAUGACGACCACAUGGAGUUCUGUCGGGUGUGUAAAGACGGAGGUGAACUGUUGUGCUGUGACACCUGCACGUCCUCGUAUCACAUCCACUGUCUAAACCCUCCGCUGCCAGAGAUCCCCAACGGAGAGUGGUUGUGUCCGCGAUGCACGUGUCCACAAAUCAAAGGGCGAGUCCAGAAGAUCCUCCACUGGCGGUGGGGUGAACCCCCGCCUCCCAUUCCUGUGCCCCUGGCUCCUGACGCCCCACCCGACGCCCCGCUGCCACCGCCUAUGAAGGGCAGAGCAGAGAGGGAGUUCUUUGUCAAGUUGACCGGACAGUCCUAUUGGCACUGUACAUGGAUCACUGAGCUGCAGCUGGAGAUCUUCCACUCAGUAAUGUACAGAAACUACCAGAGGAAGACGGACAUGGACGAGCCUCCGAGCCUGGACUACGGGUCAGGCGGAGAGGACGAGAAUGGAGUGGGAAAGAGCGAGAAGAGGAGGGCUAAAGACCCCCAGUACGCCAUCAUGGAGGACAAGUAUUACAGAUAUGGCAUCAAGCCUGAAUGGAUGAUGAUCCACCGCAUCAUCAACCACAGUGUGGACAAGAAGGGGAUGUACCACUACCUGGUCAAGUGGAGAGACCUGACCUACGACCAGUGCACCUGGGAGAGAGACGACAUGGAGAUCCCUGACUUUGUCAUUUACAAGACCAAUUACUGGAGACACAGAGACAACAUAAUGAAGGAGGACCCAGACAAACCCAGGAAGAUGAGGAGCAAGAGCCAGGAGGGUGAAGAUGAGUGUCCUGCCUCACCGGUCACUGAUCCUACGAUAAAAUACGAAGAGCAGCCAGACUUCGUCACAUCGACAGGCGGUACGCUGCACCUGUACCAGCUGGAGGGUCUGAACUGGCUUCGGUUUUCCUGGGCUCAGGGCACUGACACCAUCCUAGCAGAUGAGAUGGGGCUGGGCAAGACCAUCCAGACCAUCGUCUUUCUUUAUUCACUCUUUAAAGAGGGUCACACUAAGGGUCCGUUUCUGGUCAGCGCCCCGCUCUCCACCAUCAUCAACUGGGAGAGGGAGUUUGAGAUGUGGGCGCCCGACUUCUACGUGUUGACGUACACCGGAGACAAGGAUAGCCGAGCCAUCAUCAGAGAGAAUGAGUUCUCAUUCGAUGACACGGCUGUCAAAGGAGGAAAGAAGACCUUCAAGCUGAGGAGAGAAGCUCCUAUUAAAUUCCACGUGCUGCUGACGUCCUACGAGUUGGUGACCAUCGACCAGACGGCGCUGAAGUCUAUCGACUGGGCCUGUCUGGUGGUGGAUGAGGCUCACCGCCUGAAGAAUAACCAGUCCAAGUUUUUCAGGCGUCUGAACGACUAUAAGAUCGACCACAAGCUGCUGCUGACAGGAACUCCACUACAGAACAACCUGGAGGAGCUUUUUCACCUGCUCAACUUCCUCACCCCCAACCGCUUCAAUAACCUUGAGGGCUUCCUUGAAGAGUUUGCUGACAUCUCCAAGGAGGACCAGAUCAAGAAGCUCCAUGACCUGCUGGGGCCUCACAUGCUGCGGAGGCUGAAGGCCGACGUCUUCAAGAACAUGCCUGCCAAGACUGAGCUGAUUGUCAGAGUGGAGCUGAGCCCGAUGCAGAAGAAAUACUACAAGCUGAUCCUGACCAAGAACUUUGAGGCUCUGAACUCAAAAGGCGGAGGAAACCAGGUCUCCCUGCUCAACAUCAUGAUGGACCUAAAGAAGUGUUGCAACCAUCCCUACCUCUUCCCGGUCGCCUCCAUGGAAGCCCAAAAAACACCCAGCGGUGCUUACGAAGGGUCGGCCCUAACUAAGUCUUCUGGGAAACUGACGCUGUUGCAGAAGAUGCUGAGGAAACUGAAAGAGCAGGGGCACCGAGUACUGGUCUUCUCUCAGAUGACUAAAAUGUUGGACUUACUAGAAGAUUUCUUGGACUAUGAAGGUUAUAAGUAUGAAAGAAUCGAUGGCGGCAUCACAGGAGCGCUGAGACAGGAGGCCAUCGACCGCUUCAAUGCUCCUGGUGCUUGUCAGUUUUGUUUCCUGCUCUCCACCAGAGCCGGAGGUUUAGGCAUCAACUUGGCCACAGCAGACACCGUCGUCAUCUUCGACUCUGACUGGAACCCUCACAACGACAUACAGGCGUUCAGUCGAGCUCACCGCAUCGGGCAGGCCAACAAAGUGAUGAUCUACCGCUUUGUGACGCGAGCCAGCGUGGAGGAGCGCAUCACCCAGGUGGCCAAGAGGAAGAUGAUGCUGACCCACCUGGUGGUCCGGCCGGGCCUGGGAUCCAAGGCUGGCUCCAUGUCCAAGCAGGAACUGGACGACAUCCUCAAAUUUGGAACAGAAGAGCUUUUCAAGGAUGAAGUAGAAGGUAUGAAGAACUCUUCGGUGGGUAAAGUUGAGGAUGAGGGUAGCGUGAUCCACUAUGACAGCACCGCCAUCGAGAGGCUGCUCGACCGAAGCCAAGACGCCACAGACGACACGGAUGUCCAGAACAUGAACGAGUACCUCAGCUCCUUUAAAGUGGCCCAGUACAUGGUCCGAGAGGAGGAUAAGAUCGAGGAGAUCGAGCGGGAGAUCAUCAAACAGGAGGAGAACGUGGAUCCAGAUUACUGGGAGAAACUGUUGCGGCAUCACUACGAGCAGCAACAAGAGGACCUGGCCAGCAAACUGGGGAAAGGCAAGAGGAACCGCAAGCCCGUCAACUAUAACGACGCAGCGCAGGAAGACCAAGAGUGGCAUGCUGACAUUUCAGAUAACCAGUCCGAGUACUCAGUGGGCUCCGAGGAGGAGGACGAGGACUUUGACGAUCGGCCAGAGGGUCGAAGGCAGUCACGUCGCCAGUUGAGGAAUGAGAAGGACAAACCUCUCCCUCCUCUUCUUGCCAGAGUUGGAGGCAACCUUGAGGUGCUGGGCUUUAACACACGCCAGCGAAAGGCUUUCCUGAACGCAGUGAUGCGCUGGGGGAUGCCAUCUCAGGACGCCUUCUCCUCUCAGUGGCUGGUCAGAGACCUCAGGGGCAAGACUGAGAAAGAAUUCAAAGCGUACGUGUCUCUUUUUAUGCGUCACUUGUGCGAGCCAGUGUCCGACGGGGCCGAGACGUUCGCCGACGGCGUCCCGAGGGAGGGGUUGUGUCGGCAGCCGGUCCUCACUCGAAUCGGCGUCAUGUCCCUCGUCAAGAAAAAGAUCCAGGAAUUUGAACACAUCAACGGGCGGUGGAGUCUUCCAGAGCUCAAGCCAGAAGUCAGCAUAGACAAAUCCUCCUCCAGGGCUUCCUCUCCUGCCGUCAAGACCGCCACUCCCACCCCUGAUGCCAGCUAUAACACCACGCCAUGCACCUCUAAGCCAGCGACCCCUGCUCCAGCAGACAAGCUAGAAAAGAACGGGAAAGAGGGAGAAAAGGAGGAGAAAGAGGAAGGUGAGGCCUCGUCGGAGAAAGAGAAAGCGAAGGAGAAAGACAAAGAUGAAGGGAAAGAGGUCGACGGCAACAAGGCUGCUGACCCUGAAGAGCUUUCCUCAUCACAAAAUGCAUCUCCUGGUCAAAAAACUGAAGGCAAAGACGAGAGCGACGUGAAAGAGGAGGAGAAGAAAGAAACAACUGAUGCUUCACCCGCCACAACAGAGGAGAAAAAAGCACAGGAGGAGAGCAAAGAGGAGUCAAAACAAACAACUAAGCAAGACACGGAGGUCAAAGAAGAGAAGUCAGAUGCAGAAAAGACAGGAGAGGAGAAGGACAAAGAAAAAGAAAAGCGAGAGGAGACGCCUGCCGCAACGGAAGCAACAGACGCCAAGGAUAAGAGUGAGGCUGCUGACAUGAAGAAAGAGGAGGUCAAGGGCGAAAAGGAUGUUGGGAAAGAAAUCAAGGCAGCUAAGGAGGAGGUGCCCAAAGGUAACGGGAGGCCCCCCAUAGAGCGACCUCGCUUCAUGUUCAACAUCGCUGAUGGAGGCUUCACUGAGCUUCACACUCUCUGGCAGAACGAAGAGCGGGCUGCCAUCUCCUCAGGGAAGAUGAACGAGAUCUGGCACCGCCGACACGACUUCUGGCUGCUGGCGGGAAUCGUGAUUCACGGCUACGCUCGGUGGCAGGACAUCCAGAACGAUCCACAGUUUGCCAUCGUCAACGAGCCUUUCAAGUCACAGGCGAAUAAGGGCAACUUCCUGGAGAUGAAGAACAAGUUCCUGGCACGGCGCUUCAAGCUGUUGGAGCAGGCGCUGGUGAUAGAGGAGCAGCUCCGACGUGCAGCCUACCUGAACAUGACCCAGGACCCCAGCCACCCGGCCAUGGCGCUCAACGCACGCUUCACUGAGGUGGAGUGCCUGGCUGAGUCGCACCAGCACCUCAGCAAGGAGUCACUGGCGGGCAACAAGCCAGCCAAUGCUGUCCUGCACAAAGGUCGGCGGAGAUGGGGUGAUGCCUGCAAAAAAAACAACCAACAAACAAAUUUUUUGUCUGUUCAGUUAACAAAAACAAAACAAAUGCAAAUGCUGAACCAGUUGGAGGAGCUCCUGAGUGACAUGAAGGCUGACGUGACCCGGUUACCGGCCACACUGUCCAGAGUCCCACCCAUCGCCGCCCGCCUGCAAAUGUCCGAGAGGAGCAUCCUCAGCAGACUGGCCAGCAAGGGCACCGAGACGCACACGCCCCCGCCCAUCCCUCCAGGACCUUACGCCACCCCUCAGAACUACGGAGCCCCCUUCACCCCCGCCCCCCCGAGCGCCCUACACAUGGGAGGGGCCAACUACAGUCAGAUGCCGCCAGGAUCCUUCAUAUCAGUGCUGAACGGGCCUCCCAUGUCUGUAAAGAAAGAGCGGGAAGUCGAGCUGCUAGUCAACCGACGGGAGCAGCGCAGCGGAGAGGUCAUCUGUAUCGACGACUAGACUACAGGCACACACGCAUAAACACACGCUCUCUCACACACACACACACACACACACACUGAAACCCAUCUGCUGCAAACGUAUCUCGAAUUCCUCCUCCAAGAAAGUUGAGCUUCGGUGGUAAACGCUCGUUAAACUCCACCUUCGAACCACACAUCCAGUAUUAAAACUAAAACUGACUGACUGACUGAGGGUGUACUUAUUGAUUUAUUGUUGACUAGUGAUUGUAGUAGCUUUGGUUGACACACACACACAAACACACACACAGAAAGAUAUGUACAUGUCUCCACUACAUAAAUCUCCUAAACCUUUACUAAGCUGACUGGUACUCUCCAAAAAACUUUAAUCGCACACACACACAUGCACAUGUGCACUUAAUCUCAACGGACACACACAUGCACACACACACACACACAAACCUACAUACAGUCCAUAUAUUGUCUCAUAACUUCUUGUGACCUUUCCUUGUCUGCCUCAAACCAUUAUACUCCUCAUAAACGGUCUCCUCAAACAGGCCGCCUCCUCCUCUAGGGAUGCUUCUAACCUCUACACACACACACAUACAUGCUGACAGUACACACACACACACACACACACACACACACACAGACACACAACGCUCACUUCACCUCAAUCCUACACCCUUUAGAUCUCUCCUCUUCCUUUCCUGGGCCCUUAAACUUUUUGACAGGAAGCUGCAUGUGAAAUUAAACUCAUUUUUCUACACUCCACCCCCUGAAGCAUGCUCUAAUCACAAUAAUGCUGUCUCGUGGAAAGGAAUGAAAAAAAAGAAAAGCAAAAUUGGUAUCAAGCUGUGCCUACAGUCAUUUCUAAUCCUCAGAGAGGCUGAACCCCCCGCCCCCCUCCUCCCCUCCCUGAUUUGUCAGUCCAAGCAGCUCCAAGCACAGCUCCAGCUUUUUUGUUUUACUUAUUUCAAUGGUACAUGUUCACAUAAACACACGCAGCAGGAUAUGAGAAUCAUAUUCAGGACUCGUUUGACCACAUAAAGUAUUUGCCGCCAUCCUACCCCUCCCGCCCCCUAAUGAUGGUUGGUUGGAGUUUGUGUACAGCUCUGAGGUAUUUUUGGGAGAGUUUUUUUCCAUGAAAGGCCUCUCGCGCUAUUUUUCAGAAAAACCUCCUAUGAAUGUUUAUAACCUUUCAUAAGCAAGUCAGUGUUAUUAAAACCUAUCGAUCACCCUGAACCUCCCCUCCUCCCCUUUCUCCUUCCCUCCAUCACUCUCUCAAUCUAUCUUUUUUCCUGUUUUAUGUUUUCCAAGUUUCUAUUUCUUUCUACAAAAAAAAAAAUAAAAUCCUGUGAUAUACUUUGCAUAUUUAAACAGCUCCAUUCGUGUUCUCUUGUGUUUCUACUCUCGCGACUUUAUGAGUAUUGUUGUCGUCGAUGUUGCUGUUGUUCUCGCUGUUGCUAUUCGAGAAAGAGCUUCUACCAAAAGAGACAUUUUUUUGUAACAAGGAACUAUGGAAAAAUGAUAACGUAUGUGCGACACACGAUGCACCUCUUUGCAAUUUUUUGUCCUAUAAUUAUAAGAGAACGAAGAAGUUGAGCUAACUUCAGAAGUAGAUAUAUUACGAGAAAAACUCAUUCUUCUUGCUUACAUUUUAGAUUUGGGGCUUGCAAAUGAUAUAUACAUAUAUAGAUCAUAGGCCAUAUGUAACCCUAAAUGCUUCCAUGAGCAAAAAGAAAAAUGUAUACUAUCUAACCCCAAUGAAAGUACUCUGAUAAUAUCUGGAAAAUCAGAGGCUGGAAAUCCAUUUUAUAAACUCUGCAUCAUUAAAAAAACGCCUUAAUUAACAUAGCAAAACAAAUGUAAAGUCAUCAAAAUGAAUUAAGAACCUGAUGUCAACCUUUAAAUCCUCAUCAAGAGUAGUCAGUUUUAAGUUAAUUAUAUAUAAAAAACAAGAUAGCUAGUAGUUAAUUUAUCUCAUAACCUCCACCCUGGAUAUUUUACACUGAUCUACCCAGGAAAUAGUCUGUUUUUAAAAAUUAUGUUUCAUACAAAGGUUUUGCAACCCCCGAACUAAAAUGUUUUGCGUCUAAAGAAAAAAAAAAGCACUUAGUUUUUUUUUUUUGUUUUUUUUUUCCCACGUUGACUUUUUUGUCCUCUUUCCAGACUUUUGUGUUGAUUUCUGGGUAUCUUGUGUCACUGUGUAUUUAGUGGUGCCGAUCAAAUGAUGAGUGGCAGUGAAAACAUGUCAAGGAUGACGCAUCUCCUUUUUUUU